CCACCACCAUCUCACUGUGUGCCCAAUAGUGUGUGUGUCUCAAGUUGCUGGGGGCCGAGUGAUGUCACAGACGGUAGCGUGAGGUCAGAGCUUCCCCUUAUAACCUAACUAAGAGACAGGGAACAGACCAGAGUUCACAGCCUCGUGCCUCAACAUAUCUGAGAAAAAACCCACAGCGUUGGCAAGUUAACGCAGACGUGCUCACAUGCAAAGGUCUCUGCUGCUGUGGUGUGACAGGAAGGUUUGCUGCUGAACAGCUCCGAGGGAGAGGCAGUGCGUCAGUCUGCUGUUUACAGUGAAGUGUGAAGCUGCUGGAGCAUGCGGUCGCUGGCAGUCGCUCCUGAAUCUGACCUCUCAUCUCCGUCCACGCUGAUCCUUUAAGGUGACGACAGAGAAGGUGUUCAUUGGUGAUAGGAUGAAGGAUUGAUUGGAAGAAAAGUUUUUGACACCAGUGUGUGUGAGAGAUAAAAUGACUGACCUGAACGACUCCUCCUCACUAUGUGGACACAACAUGACCAACUGGGAAGAACGCAUGGACACCAUGUACACCUACUUCUACCUGCUGCUCUUCAUCCCCGGCCUGUUGCUCAACACCACCGCCCUCUGGGUCCUCUGCAGACACAUUAGUAAGAAGACCAAGGCGGUGAUCUUCAUGAUUAACCUGUCGCUGGCCGACCUGGCCCACAUCCUCUCUCUCCCCCUCAGGAUUUAUUAUUACUUCACACACACCUGGCCUUUUGGACGAGGCGUCUGCUUAUUCUGCUUCUACCUCAAGUACCUCAACAUGUAUGCCGCUAUAGUGUUCCUGGUGUGUAUCAGCAUGCAGAGGUGUGUCUUCCUUCUCAACCCGUUCUCCGCCCGCAGUUGGAGGCGGCGCUAUGACCUGUUGAUCAGCCUCAUAGUCUGGGUGGUGGUCGGCCUGGCCUGCUCGCCUUUCAUCCUGAUGCGUAGCAGCAGCUCCUCCAGCCACGCCAUCAGCACACAGACAGUCUACAACAUGUCGUACUCUCUGUCUGACACUUCUACCCAGCAUCCCUCCGUUUACAUCAAUCUCAGCAGAGGCUCCAUCCCUACCAAAUUGGGCUGUUUUAAAGACCUGCCCAUGCGUCGCCUGUCCCCGUACCUGGCCAUCGCCAUGAUGGGCCUCGCUGAGCUUUUUGGGUUCAUCAUCCCUUUGACCUGCAUCUGCUUCAGCUCCAUUCGAAUAGCCCGGUCUCUCUUCCAACAACACACCCAGGAUCAGCAGAACCUGACCGGGCUCAACUCCACGGCACGCAGCCGACUCCAGUCCUUCAUCUCCGACUGUCCAACGGAUACCUCUCAUGAAAAGCUGUCGAAGGCGGAGAAGCGGCGCGCUCUCCAGAUGGUGCUGAGCUGCUCUGCGCUCUUCCUGUUCUGCUUCGCCCCCUACCACCUCAACUUCCUGCUCUACCUGCUGGUGUCGCAGGACAUAGUGACCCACUGUGCGACCCGGCUGGCGGUGAGUCAGUUCCACCCGGUGUCUCUGUGCCUGGCCAGCCUGAGCUGCUGCCUCAACCCUCUGCUUUAUUACUUUCUAACGGCCGAGUUCAGGCUGCACCUCACCAGGCGCAGCUCCUCCUUCACCGCCUCGCUGCUCUCCUCCCCCAUCAGCUCCCCCACCGCGCGCCCCGCACCGGAGAGACUGCUGAGCAUGGAGAGUAGCUGCUCAGAGAGGGAGUAGCAUUAUUCAAAGAUAGUAGGUUUUUUGGUAACUUUCCAUGAAUAAAAUGCAUUUUUAAACAGAUUUAGAGCAUUAUGAUUACAGCACCUUAUAAUUGUAAUAAGCACAUUGAUAAUGCUUUAUAAUAUUCAUCAUAACACAUUAUAAAGGAUUUUAUAAUUACUUAUAAAGUAUCACAAUACUUCAUAACUGUUAUUUGGUUACAAGGGUCAUAGUUAUUCUAUAAUUAUCAUAGUUGUAAUAUUAAUAUUUAUAUUAUAGGCAUUAUAAUCUCUCUUUUAAUGCAUUACAAUGCUAUUGAUAGUAACUCUAAGUGAACAUAUGUUGCUUAAAAGUACAUUUGGAAACUCUUGGGGUAUACAUAGAAAUAUAACAACACAAGCUGUUACCACGUGCCAAGUGCUCAAAGUGAAACAUAGCAUUACGUUUGUGAAACUAAUUUAUGUCUUUAAUAAGUCAUAACAGAAAUCCAACAGUGGGCUCAAAACAUCCGAUGCUACCUGAAACAAUGUAUUAUUUAACUGUGGCUGUAUAUAAUGUGUUAAUGAGUGAAUUUGGUGUUUGAUGUGAGUAUUUGAUGGGAAUUACAUUAGUUAAAUGUAAAUGUGCAUCAUUUUUCAAAAGGUUUCAGGUUUCAACAUAAAUGACUGUGUUUUUUUAAAUACUUAACUUAAAGCAAACAAUGAUCAUUAUAUCUGCCUAUACAUCAGAAAUUCUGUAAUGCACUAAAAGAGCACAUGGAGUCACAUUAUAAUUCCUUAUAACAGUGAUUACAAUACAUUGUAAAAAAUAAUGUAAUGUAUUACAACUAUGAUAAUUAUAAUACAAUAUGAUCCUUGCAAGAAACAGUGACAAGCAACUAUGAAGUACUAAGUUACUUGACCUUAUAAGUCUUCAAAAUUAUAAAAUGUUUUAAAAUGUGUUAUUGUUGUUGUUGUAAAGUAUCUAUGUGUGCUUAAAACAAUAAUCAUACAAUGCUAUAAGCAGAUUAUACCUCUUUAUAAGUUGGUUUAUAAUGCAUUAUGGACAUGGGAGAUAGAGAAAGUGUUAAAAGUCAUUUCACUGAAGGAAUGACACAACGGAGACAGAUCAUGUUGAACUUUUAACAGACUGACAAGAUCCAAGUCGGGUGUAGGAUAAUUUCCCGUAUCUCCGCUGUCUGAACACAAACUGACCAGAAAAGCCUUGACCUCGGUGUGAAGAACCUCCCGGAGGACAUGGUUUUGAGGACAAACAAACCAUGAAGAUCAGUGUGCUUCAUAAUGACCCUUCACACAAUAUCUGAUGAAAUAUGAUCAACGUUGCCCCAGUGUAUAUAAGCUACAGCGUGUUGCCUGUCUUCUGUCAAAAUGCAACAACUUCAAAUAAGCUAUUCCCUCAAUGUCAAGGCUGUAUGUCAAUUGCAUAUGCUUGUUUUGUAAAUAAAAA